AUGGUACGCCUCCCUUCUCCUCUCCGCUUCUGUGUUAUGCUCGCCGUUGUUGGCAGCGCUGAAGCCCAGAGUUCCUACUCGUACAGUUCGAGCCACUCGACGAGCAGCACCACUCAAGACAAUGAAAACUUGACUGACACCGAAAAGAUGUGCACCCGCCUGGGUUUCGACCCAAAGAAGAACUAUGAUAAUACCUAUGAUAGGUACUGGUCUGCCAGUAGUUCAAAUACCCAUCUCAAAAUGGAUCCAAAGUGCGCGUCUCCCAAAAGCAACGCCAGAGACCAUUAUACCGCACAUGUCAGUCCCUGCAAUUUCACCUUUCACACAAUCCCCGAAGAAACCUACACCAAUAUCGGCCCCAUGGAGCUGUCCACCAUGUGUUCCGAGAGCAAUGAGAAGGUUUCAUAUGGUGGAAAAACUACAGCCACAGUGUUGCAAGACUACGUGUACAAUUGGCCGGAUGAGUGUGUUGGAGACUACAAGCGUUGCUACUCUGUGACACGCGAUGAAAUGAUAAUUGGCUCCAUGUUUUGUAAGAAACACUGGACCAUCCCAGAGGGUGUGACACAUGUGGCUGUUGAUUGCUCUGCAGACAAGUCAACAAAGCUCCAGCUCAUGCAAGAGAAAGAAGACGAAAAGACCUUGAAAGAAAGAGAAACAGCGAAUAUGACUUUGACAGAACAAAUGUGUGUUCGAAAUGGAUACGACCUACACAGGAAGUACGACACGUCGUAUGACCGCUACUGGUCGACUUCCAGCAGCAGCAACAAAUAUCUCAAAGGAGAUCCUUCCUGUGAAUCCCCCAGAGCAAACCCCAGAGACCACUACACAAGCCACCUAUCUCCUUGUAAUUUCACUUUCCACACUAUCCCAGAGGAAACUCAUGAGGACUUGGGCCCAAUGGAACUCUCAUCUGCAUGCUCAAAACGCAAUGAGCAUCAUGAUUCUGCUGUUACGCUGCUGCAGGACUAUGUUCACAACUGGCCAGAUGAAUGUGUUGGGGACUUCCAACGUUGCUACUCAGUUGAGAGGGACGAAACGGUCUUUGCCGCCAGAUUUUGCCACAAACAUUGGACGAUCCCAGAUGGUGUGACUCACAUUGGGGUUGACUGCUCCACCGAUAAGAAAAUGAAGCUCGAGAAGCUUGAUGAACCAGAAGAAGAGGAGAAAAAGAAGGCUGAAGAAUUGGAAGGGCUGACAAGGACAGAACAGAUUUGUACGCGCCUUGGUUAUGACCUCAACAAGGUUUUUGACAACAGUUAUGAAAGCAGGCACUGGAACGCGGGCGACAGCCACACCGAACUCAGGAAUAACCAGCCAUGUGCUUCACGCCAGAGCAACCCCAGAGCCAAAUACACGGCGCAUAUUAGCCCUUGCAACUUCACCUUUCAUACAAUCCCGGAAGAAAAUCAUGGCAACUUGGGCCCCAUGGAGCUUUCAACAUUGUGCUCAAGCAGCAACGAAUACAGCACCACCAUCAGUGGAAGGCUACAAGACUAUGUCCAAGGCUGGCCAGAUGAGUGUGUGGGUGAUUUCCAGCGUUGUUAUUCUGUUCAGCGAGAUGAGACCAUCUUUGGCAAAUUGUUUUGCCACAAGCACUGGACUAUUCCUGAGGGUGUGACUCACAUUGGAGUUGAUUGCAUGGCUGACAAGGAGUCAAAGCUGCGUCAAAUCAAUGAAAGAGACGAAGAGAGGGAAAAGAACGGGUUGAGCACAGAGCCGCAUAGCAACGAUGGCCGAGAAAAGAUGCCCAUGCAACAGGAAGAUUUCUUUCGCUACAAGGAGCAUGAAAUGGAGGCAGUGAUGAGGGUGCUUACGGUUGGCGUUGCGGUGCUCAUUUCGUUCUGUGCCCUCAGUAUGUUCUUCGCGUACAAGAAAGUUCUCAAGCCUUUUAUUCCCAAAACGGAGAAGAAGGAAGCGGGAUAUGAAGAGAUCCAAUCGUUCGAGAUGAACAGCCUCAACCACAACACAGGCACGAACGCCCGUGCUCCUGAGUCUCCUCGCGGGGCCCCUCGUGGCGAUCUCUCUUUCCGGCUCCUGGACAAGGCAUAG